GUUAAAAUGAUCCAUAAGAGAUCGAUAAGCGAGAGGUGACAGCCGAGUCGAACCGAGCCGAACCGAGGCCGUCAUGUCCGGACAGAGGGCUGGGAAAUCCCUGAUCAUUACUGACGAUGAGGAGGAGGAGGUCCAGGAUGGGCUGAACCCGUUCUCCUUCAAAGAGUUUCUGCGCUGGAAGAACCAGGACCAGGACCAGAACCAGAACCAGGACCAGAACCAGGACCAGGACCAGAACCAGGACCAGGACCAGAACCAGAACCAGGACCAGAACCAGAACCAGGACCAGGACCAGGACCAGAACCAGGACCAGGACCAGGACCAGGACCAGGACCAGAACCAGAACCAGGACCAGAACCAGGACCAGAAACACAGAAAGGAGGAGGCUUUGGGGUGGAGCUUCCAGCCGUUAGUGGACAGCGGCUCCUCCCUCUACGCUAACGAGGAGGAAGAGGAUGCAGAUGAAGACCAUAGAAGAGGGGAGACAAGGUUCUCCUCCAACCCAGAAGGAGACGAGAUGCCCCUCAGCCAAUCAGACGCCGGCAGGGGGCAGAGCCUGAUCCAACAGAUGAGGGAGGAGAACUUGGCGCUGAGGAAGAGCGUCAGGGAGCUGCAGAGGAGAGCCGACCUCCAUCAGUCCAGGGCGAAGCGGCUCUCUGAGGAGCUGCAGCAGAGGAGGCACCAGGAGGAGCAGGAGGUGCAGGACCUGGAGAGCAUGGUGCAGUCAGUGGAGCAGAACCUGCAGCUGAUGAAGAGGCGAGCAGUGAAGGCUGAAAGCAGCGUUUCCAGACUGAGGGUGGAGCUUCAGCAGCUGCAGGUGGAGGCAGAUGCUCUGCGAUCAGAAAACAACCGGCUGAAGGCUGCUGAAUCUGAGGUCGUCAUGACGAUGAGACAAAAUGCUCAGGUGGCGGCUGAGUACCUGAGCAAAUCAGCAAGCCACGCCCACUCCUCCGUCAGGCAGCUGCUGGAGGAAGCAGAGACUCUCCGUUUGGUUUCUCAGCUGCUGCAAUCCAUCGAUAAGAUCUCCAGUGUUCAGCCUGAGCACCUGCAGGACACCUGAGGGGGUAGUUGCCAUGGAAACCAUAGACUUGACACCCUAAGGUUUUACUUUAGGAGGAGAAGAAAGAUGGAGGAGGUUCAGCUUCAGAUCUGUCCAUCUGGAGUCCAAGAUUUUCUGUUAUUGCUUUGAUUUCUGUGAGAUGAUGAUGAUCAUGAUGAAAGUGAUGAUGAAGAUCUGGAGGUUUCAACACUGAGCUCUCCUCCCCCCUCCAGGUUCUGAGUAAGAUGACCAGACAUGAAAAAACGAUUGAUUUAUUGCAUUUUUAAUUCCAACGGUUUGGUUUGAACUCUGACCUCUGCUAAAGUUUUGGCCUUGACUUUGAUGUAAACCUGCAGGAUCAAUAACUCUUCCUUCUGAUCUUUAAUACAUAAAAACCUGAACCAAUCUCAGUAAAGUGGAGAAAUGCUGAUUUGUUCCCGAAAAUAAAAUCUAGACCCAACCAACCAGGAACUGAUCCUCAGCCAAUCAGGACGCUCCAUGUCCUCAGCCAAUCAGGACACUCCAUGUCCUCAGCCAAUCAGGACGCUCCAUGUCCUCAGCCAAUCAGGACGCUCCAUGUCCUCAGCCAAUCAGGACACUCCAUGUCCUCAGAACAAAGACAUUUGAAAACAAAAGUCUGUGCUGUCCAUGUUGGUGAAAAACAGCGCCACCCUCCACGAGAGCAAAGACGAUGUGGACCGGACUGGAGAACUGGUUCAUCAGAUUAACCUGGUUCAAAUUAAACCAGUUCAGAUUAACCUGGCUCAAAUUAAACCAGUUCAGAUUAACCUGGCUCAAAUUAAACCAGUUCAGAUUAACCUGGCUGGUAACUGAAAUGCCUGGAAGCAGAAAAUAAUUACAAUUAUCAAAAAUAAAAACAUGAAUCUGUAAGACAUGUUUCACUGAAAGAGUUACUGAUCUACAGCAGAUCUAUCACCGAUCUAUAACUGAUCAAUAACGCGUUGCUGCGUUAGCUGCUCUGCUCUCCAGAGCUCCAGGAAGUCCUGAUCAUUCCUGCAGCUUCUCUUCAUCCUGAACUCAUUUGGUUUUAAAUGGUUUUGAAUGGAGCCUCCAGCCGACUGCAGCUGUUCGUCCUCCGUUGCUGUUAGUGGAUGUCGCCUGUGCGUCACAUUCACAGGCGUACCAGAAACACAACAGAAAGGUUCCGGCUCCAGACUUUAGUUUGUAAAAACAAACUCUGUUCAUAUUUCUUAAAAUCUAUGGAACUGAUUUGUGAUAAAUUAGUUCUGAUCCUACUUUGGUGAGUAGACCCGGUUCUGUCUGAAUUCAGUUCUUUCAGUCGUCUCAAAACUCAAUAGGAAAAAACACAUUAACAAUAAAAAUCAGACUGCAGUUUGUUAUUUUAUUACUUUGGCUGAAUUUUGAUAAACUGCCAUAAAUCAAAAGUGCUGCAUUGCUUUGAUAGACUUAAGCUUUGUCUUUUUGUUACGGUAACAAAUAUCUGAUUAUAUUUCUCUCUCCAACUCUCCAGUAAAUGAGAAGAGCUUGAAACGGGAGCAGCUCAGUGUGAGGAAAAACAGAAAUGUCUGCUUUGAUUUCUAACCACAUAGAGCCUCUAAAACCACACACACAAAACAUCUGGAUAUUUUUCUAUAAAAACUCUGCAGCUCUGAGCGUUAAGUUGAACUUAUGAUUCUUCCCAGAUCCUCAUUAUUUCUGCCGACUGAUAGAUUCUCAGCCAUUCAGGACGGAAAAACAUUUAAAGCAACUUAUUUAUAACGUAAUAAUACAUAACUUGCAUGGAAUCAAUAUUUAUGAGGAAUUUUAUCAAGUGAAGUCACGCAUUAAAACUUUCUAUUUAUAGCCUUAAAUUUUCAUGAAGGUGCAGCAGAGAUUAUAUCAGUGCCACUGAACCAGGAUUAUAUCUUAACAUUUAAACUCUACAGUUUGUUUCUCAUUUCUGAUGAGGAAUCAGAUCAUUUAAACACAUAAACAUAUAACAACAUGACCAAAACAAUUAUUUGUCCAUAAGAUGGUCAGAGGACCGGUGGAAACACUGCAGACAUGAAUAAAUCACAGGGAGAAACAUUAAUGAAUAGAAGAGUUUAGUGUAACCCACAAGUUACUUUAAAUACACUGAAUAAUAGCAAAAGGCAGGAAAUUUAAUUUACUUCUCUGACCAGCAACAAUGCUAUGAAAGUUGGGCCGGAUCCUGAAUCGGGAGCCGAGGUGUGAAUAACAACACAAAGUGUCAACAAGGAAGAGUCAAAUUUCAUCAUAAAACAAUUGAGGAUCCACAUGUACAAUUGCAACAAAAUAGCGCACGGUUUUUUAAAACAGAAAAUAAAAUAAACAACAGUCUGUUCCAG